AUGGGUGUCCCAAAGUUCUUUCGAUGGCUCUCCGAGCGCUAUCCCGCCAUCUCCCAGCUCAUCGCCGAGAACCGCAUCCCCGAGUUCGACAACCUCUACUUGGACAUGAACGGCAUCAUUCACAAUUGCACCMACGACAACGAUGCCUCCGCAACCAAAGCUCGACUAUCCGAAGAUGAAAUGUUCAUCAAGAUAUUCAACUACAUUGAGCAUUUAUUUGGCAAAAUCAAACCCCAGAAGAUGUUCUUCAUGGCCAUUGAUGGCGUGGCUCCGAGAGCCAAGAUGAACCAGCAGCGUUCCCGUCGUUUCCGCACGGCUCUGGACGCCGAGAAUGCGCGCAACAAGGCGUUGGCUGAAGGCCUUGAGCUGCCCAAAGAGCCUCCCUUCGACUCGAACUGUAUCACUCCGGGCACCGAGUUCAUGGCGCGUCUCACGCAGCAGCUAAAGUACUUCAUCGCGAAAAAGGUCACCGAGGAUUCGGACUGGCAGGGAUGUGAAAUCGUCCUUUCUGGUCACGAGGUGCCAGGAGAGGGAGAACACAAGAUUAUGGAAUACAUCCGCCAGGCCAAGAGUCAGCCUGGCUACGACCCAAAUGUGCGACAUUGCUUGUACGGACUCGAUGCCGAUCUCAUCAUGCUGGGCCUGUUGUCGCAUGACCCACACUUCUGUUUGUUACGCGAGGAGGUCACUUUCGGCCGCCAGAAGGCCAAGAGCCAGGAGCUCGAACACCAGAACUUCUUUCUCAUGCACUUGUGUAUUGUCCGCGAGUACCUGGAGGUGGAAUUCCAGGAGCUGAAGGAUCCCACCGUUUCAGCGGGCGUUACUUUCGACAUGGAGCGCAUCAUUGACGAUUUCAUUCUCAUGGCAUUUUUCGUGGGCAACGAUUUCCUUCCCAACUUAYCACAUUUGCACAUCAACGAAGGAGCGCUGGCGCUGAUGUUUAACGUCUACAAAAAGGUCAUCCCCAAGGCGGGAGGAUACAUCAAUGAUGGUGGUGUCAUCGACUUGAGACGACUGGAAAUGCUGCUGGUCGAGUUGAGCGACGUCGAGUACCGUCAUUUCGAGCAUGAGAACCAAGACGCCAGCUGGCUGAAGGAUAAGAGUAUCCAACGUGAGGAUGUCAUGGUGAAGACCAAGAAGAAGGGCAUCCCAACAAUUACGACAGGUCAGAAGGAGCUUUACCAGAAGGUAAAGAAGUACGUGAACGGCCGUUCAGGAUCUGGCGAUGACCAAGUGCUGGAUAUGCCGGCCAGUCUCAAGGCGGCUGAUCGAUCAUUCAUUGAGGACUUGGCUCGCAGCCUGCAUCUGCAAAGCAAGAGUGUUGUCGACGAUGAUGGAAAUCGCCAUCUUCAGUUGAGCUUCCCACCUCGUCCAGAAAUGGACGAUGAUGAAGAGGAUGAAGACGAGGAGUCUCAAAACGCUCUACUGAGAGUGKUCAAGCAGUAUGAUCGUGCGAAGAUUGAGGAUGUAUCCGCAUCCGAAGCGCAGGAGAAAGCCAAGGAGAAGUACGACAAGAAGUUCGUCGAGUGGAAGAACAAGUACUACACGUCCAAGUUCGACUGGGGACUGGAGAACGAGGAGGAGCUGAGGAAGCUCACCGAGAACUACGUGCAGGGACUGCAGUGGGUUCUGUACUACUACUACCGUGGCGUUGCCUCGUGGCCGUGGUACUACCAGUUUCAUUACUCGCCCAUGAUCAGCGAUGUUCGCWGAGGUCUUGGCGCAGACAUGAACUUUCAGCUCGGUCAGCCAUUCCGGCCGUAUCAGCAGCUGAUGGGCGUCUUGCCAGAUCGAAGCAAGUCGAUCGUGCCGCAGGUCUAUCACGACCUCAUGACCAACCCCAACAGUCCGAUCAUCGACUUUUAUCCUCGGGAAUUCGAGCUGGAUAUGAAUGGCAAAAAGAUGGACUGGGAAGCCGUUGUCAAGAUUCCCUUCAUCGAUGAGAAGCGCUUGCUAUCGGCAAUGGCGACGAAAGACCCAUUGUUGACACCAGCAGAAGCUGGGCGCAACGACUUCGGCGUGAGCUUGAAGUUCACGUACGCACCAGACGUCGACUACACCUAUCCAAGCAGUCUUCCAGGCGUGUUCCCAGAUUUGGAACAUUGUCGUGUUGUGGAAAACAUUUUUGAGCUUCCAGUCAUGGAUGGCUUGGAAGUCUUCGUCGGUUUGAUGGAUGGGGUGAAGCUUGGUGCUUCUGCAUUGGCUGGAUUCCCUAGUCUGCGGACGCUGCCACACACGGGACAACUCGGCUUCCACGGCGUCAGUGUCUUUCAGCAAGAGAGCAGGAACGAGAGCGCAAUCAUCACUCUCAGUGAGGGGGAAGAGAAGAAUACGAUUGCGCAUGCCAAGGCGAAGCUUGGAAAGGCUGUACACGUUGGCUAUCCCUUCUUGCAAGAAGGCAAGGUCUCUAGUGUGWGUGACGAGAUGUUUGUCUACUAUCUCGCCGAUCCAGAGCUCCCGGCCACCGAGCAGAACAUUAUACAAGCUCCUCACGAGGGUCGAGGCAUUGAAGACUGGAAGAAGAAGGCGAACCGAAUCGAUUCUCAUUACAGCAAGCGUUUGGGAAUGAUCAUCGGCAGCGUUGAGAGUCUUGUGCAAAUUGAUCCGUUGGUGGGUCUGCGCAAGACCGAGCAAGGAGCAACCGUAAAGGAAUAUGCUCCCAUGCAAGGCAUUGAGCCCGAUUUUGCUACACAGACCGUCGUCGACAACGUUAUUAGCGAAGAUCAGCGUUUCUUGGAGAGCGCAGCCGUGUCGAUCCAGGAAGAGUUUCCCGUGGGCACACGAGCAUUCUUCCUGGGCGACAUGGCGUACGGCCGCCCAUUGGAGGUGACUGGACACGGAUCCGAUGGUGGUGUUGACAAGGCAGAGAUUUGGGUAUCUCAACUUGCGACACGCGAGCCAGAGUUUGGCCUUGCCAUCGCGCAGCAGGCGGAGCGGAGAAAUCCAUACACUCCGUCUUAUGCCAUUGCCAAGCAGCUCCAUCUUCAUCCGCUAGUCUUGUCGAAGUUGACAUCCUCGUUCAACGUCAAUUCUUCCGGCCUUCGACUCAAUCUCGGCCUCAACAUCAAGUUUGAAGGCAAGAAACUGAAGGUGCUCGGAUACAGCCGGAAGAGCGCCAACGGCUGGGAGUUCUCCCCCAAGGCAGUUGAUCUACUGCAGCAGUACAUGAUCAAAUUCCCCGAAUUCAUUGCUCGCAUCUCCGCCAACCCCACUGGAGACGGCUGGGAAGACACCGCGUUCUACCCUGAUCCACAAGAGGCCAAGCUCAAGAUGAAGGAGAUUGGGCAGUGGCUGAAGAGUGUAGAGACAAAGUCAUUUGAGCGCGUGCCGCUCGAGGCGGAGCAGCUUGAUGGCGACACUGUCAUGGCUAUUGAGCAGGCAGCCGAUGCGAACACAGCAUCUGCCCAGCCCACACAAGGCAGAAAGCUCGGCAAAGUCCCCCGCGUCGCUCUGCUGAAGCCCGCCGAUGCUGAGCAGCGCACUCAAAACCAGAACUUCCGUCUUGGAGACAGAGUUGUAUACGUCCUUGACACUGGCCGCGUGCCCGUCGCCAUGAGGGGAACUGUUGUGGGCAUGACGCGGACUACUAGGAACACUCUGCUGGAUGUUGUCUUCGACAAUACGUUCAUGAGUGGAACAUCCCUCAAUGAUCGUUGCUCGCCGUUCCGUGGCAGCACGGUACCAUCCAACUCUGUGCUCAACAUCACCGACAAGCAGGUCGCCGCCACUUCAGAAGCUCAAAAGGCACGCGCGCCCAAGCAAUCCUUCCAGCCGCUGCAAGGCAAUCAAGCUGCGCGGGCUUCAAGCUACGGCAUGCCAGGUGGUCCUCAGCUCAUGCAGGGCAAUGCACCUCCUGCGCUUCGUAGUGGUUGGCGUGGUGCCGUCAACGGACAUGGUCCGCAGAAUGGCGGGUUCUCUCGCGGUCGCGGAGGAGGGCCAGGCAUGCCACAUACGAACAUUCCCAUUCGUGGUGGUAGAGGGGGAAACACGAACGGCACAUCUCAAGGCUUCGCGCCUCGUGGCGGUCGUGGUGGGAACAGAGGUGGUUAUACCAUCGUCGACAACACCGAUCCUACGGAAGGUGUUGUGAGGAACAACAGGGACUUUGUUGCGCGGAACUACAGCAGCGUUCCUCCGCCGGCUGCGAUCAACAAUGACCGUGGUGGACGCGGUGGACGUGGACGUGGACGCGGGGGUCGUGGGGGUAGAGGUCGUGGUGUAGGCGAGCAAGCUGCUUAA